CCAAACAAUCCCACCAGCACUUUCUCAAACUUUAUGACAUAAAUAAAUCCUCAGUUCACGUUCUGACGGCCACCCAUUGCUUUUUCCAUUCUCCUUCCAGCUUUCAGACAGCCAGCAAUGGCCUUACUGAAUUCCCUCCUCAUCCUCUUUCUCUUACCAACCCUUCAAGUUCUGUCCCAAGCAACCUCCCCAAAAGAACAGACCCUUGACAUUCAAGCCUUGCUUCCCCAAGUAUGCAACCACAUCGAAGACCAGAGCUCGUGCCUUCUCAACGUGCAGGCCGAGCUCAACAAUGCAGGGCCGGCCAACUCCAAUUUGGUCCUCAGCGCUGCGCUCCAGGCCACUCUCAAUGAAGCGAGGGCGGCCGUCGAGUCGAUCUCAAGGUUCACCGCCUUGUCCGUGAGCUACCGCGAGCAAGUCGCGAUCGAGGACUGCAAGGAGCUCCUGGAUUACUCCAUCUCAGAGAUCGCCUGGUCCAUGGGAGAGAUGAAAAGAAUUCAGGCCGGCUCAAAGAACAGCCACUACGGUGGGAACCUGAAGGCGUGGCUCAGCGCCGCGCUGAGCAACCAGGACACAUGCCUCGAAGGCUUUGAGGGCACGGAUGGGCGCCUCGAGAAUUUCGUUAGGGGGAGCCUGAAGCAAGUGACGCAGCUCAUUGGGAAUGUGCUGACCAUGUAUUGCCAAUUACACAGCUUACCGUUCCCACCACCUCGUACCAACUCCAGCCACGGAGCCUCGGAGUUUCCGGCAUGGAUGACAGAAGGCGAUCAAGAGCUACUCAAGGCAAGCCCGGUUGGCAUGCACGUAGAUGCCGUGGUUGCUUCAGAUGGGAGCGGACGCUACCGCACCAUCUCGGAGGCAGUCAUUGACGCUCCGAGCUAUAGCAACAGGAGGUAUGUCAUAUACAUCAAGAAGGGUGUUUAUAGCGAGAACAUCGACUUGAAGAGGAAGAAAACAAACAUAAUGUUUGUCGGAGAUGGCAUCGGAGCCACCAUCAUCACCGGUAAUCGACAUUUUAUGCAGGGAUGGACGACCUUUAGGACUGCUACUGUCGCGGUGUCCGGCAAGGGGUUCAUAGCGCGGGACAUGACCUUCCGCAACACGGCGGGGCCGCGGAACCACCAGGCAGUGGCGCUCCGCGUCGACUCAGACCAGUCCGCAUUCUACAGGUGCAGCAUGGAGGGCUACCAGGACACGCUCUACGCCCACUCCCUGCGCCAGUUCUACCGCGAGUGCGACGUCCACGGCACCAUCGACUUCAUCUUCGGGAAUGGCGCGGCAGUCCUCCAGAACUGUAGGAUAUUUACCAGGGUGCCCCUGCCCCUCCAGAAGGUGACCAUCACGGCGCAGGGAAGGAAGAGCCCCUACCAGAGCACCGGGUUCUCGAUCCAGGACUCUUACGUCUUGGCCACCCAGCCCACCUACCUCGGCCGGCCAUGGAAGCAAUUCUCGAGGACCGUCUUCCUCAACACUUACAUGAGCAGUCAGGUCCAGCCAAGGGGCUGGCUCGAGUGGUACGGCAACUUCGCCCUCAGCACGCUGUGGUAUGGCGAGUACCGGAAUAACGGGCCUGGCGCCUCGCUCUCGGGCCGAGUCGCGUGGCCCGGCUACCAUGUCAUCCGCGACGCUGCCACCGCCGAUUUCUUCUCAGUCCGUACAUUCAUCGACGGGACCGCGUGGUUGCCGGGCACCGGGGUCAAAUUUAGCGCCGGAUUGAGCAAUUAAAAGUCCUAGAGAAUGUGGAGAGAUUUGUCAUGUGUGCUUUAAGGGGGGUAAUAGACUUUAGCAGUAUACGGUGAACUUUUUACUUUGUCCAAGCGUUCCGUUUAUGGGAAAAAAAAACUUAGGAAUGUAUUAAAAUUUGCGGAUAUUAUACAUUAUCAAAUUUAUCUUA